AUGGGUAAAUAAUGUAUGAUAAUAUAGUUGAAGAUUUUACUUGGCAGUUUGCACAAAUUUUUACAUCACUACACGAGAACAAUCUGGAAGGAAUGUUGGAAGGGAUGCCUGUAAUUACUGCGGUAUCAGCUGUCUUAAUAAAAUUGUUGAAUCAUGAGAUUUAUAGAAAAAAUUUCGAAAAGAUGUUCGAUAUUAUAAAAGAAGACUGGAAAUUGUUAAAUAAUAGAAGUCAAGCGUGCAUUCUUGAGGAAAUUACUAAGCAAGGAAACAAAAUUGGCGAAAUAUACAGAGAUGAAGAGGAGUACUUUUAUCUUAUAUAUUUUUAUAUUGUUUGGUGUACAUUCACAACAGUCAUGAUUGCAAUCACUAUUGAUUCGUUAUAUAUACAACUCGUUCAUCAUGAUUGUGCAUUAUUUGCUGUAUGCGGGGAGAACGUUAUAACAGCCACAAGAUCUACUGAUGUUGGUAUAAAUGAAACUUACACUGAACGAUUUAGGCAAUGCUUGAGCAUGCAUAAGAAUGCCCUCCAGCUGUUGUAAAUCUGCAUCGACCCGAAGAAGCUCUUAGAAUUAGUCUGUUCCUUGUGGGCCAACAAUUCCAUUUACUUAUUAUUACUCUACCUGGACAAGUGAUCACAGAUCAUAGUUUCGAAUUGACUAAUGAUAUAUACUGUUCGAUGUGGUACAAAGUGCCAAUAAAGAUUCAGAAAAUACUUCUCACGAUGCAUAUGAGAUCUAGUAAACCAUGUAAGUUGACAGCAGGAGGAAUAUACGAAAUGAACAUCGAGAAUUUUGGAAUACAUUCGAGAAAUACGAAAAACAAUAUCCUAGUAUGUUCGAAAUCUCAUACUAUAAAGAAUUGAAGAAGUACUUACAAUUAGUGGGGCUACAUCAAAAACAAGGAGUCGGAAAUAUUAGUGUAAUUGUAACGACGAUAAGUAUCACAAGCAUUCUUGUUCCAACGACAUUAGAAUUUUAUGCGUCAUUACGUGCAAGAAAUAUCAACGCCGCGCUUGAAUGUGUACCCCAUUUAGCUGCCUCUUUGGUCAGUGCUGUAAAAUUAUCGAAUAUACACGUCUACCGAAAGAAC